AUGACUGGAAUAGGAUACAAAUCGCUCGCAGCGAGUACAUCUGGUGUUCCGCUUAUUAGGUGGGUCUGUAAAAAUUUUCGAAACCGAAUGUUUAUGUUGUCAUUCCAGAUGUUGUAGAUCUUCGAUAGAUUUAAGCUUACCUGUCUUACGGCGAAUCGAAUGCUCUGAUAAUUGUAAUCGUUGUAGUUCAACCAUUUUGUUUUCAGGGCUAUCUUCCGUGCUUAGAUCUGCUUAUUUAUUUGCACUGUUGUUGCGUUUUUUUUCCAAAUGACUGGAAAAGUUUAGUUAUGUGCGUCAGAGAGCUUAUGACAGCCGAAUCUUUCUCAUGCUUUUAGUUUUUUAUUUAACGGUGGUGACUUAAAGCCGAAUUUAUUUUUAUCCACGUUCCUGGUUCCCUGAUUUUUAGCUUGAUGGUCAUUUGUUAUGCUUGUACUGAAGGGGAUCUUGAUAAAGUUACCGAACAGUUAAGCUUAUACCGUUUCUUUUUUUUUUAGCCUAAGCUUAUUUUUUCAGCAUAUUAAUAAGCUUGAAUAUAAGAAGCGUAAAGAAACUUAUUAAGAAGUAAAUACAGCUUACACCCAAAAGAGGGUGGAUGUUCUGACAAGAUUCUGGAAAUAUUUUUUACCCAGUUUUAUUUGCAUAUUGACCGCAAGAUUGUUAGUAAUGGGGUGACACUUAUAAACAACCUGGGAUGGGGAAAUAUGUUUAAAACUGAGAUUCAUGGAAACCUUCUUCCAACACUACGGCUGUUUAAAAUCCACAAUGGAUGUAACAGCAAACCUACUAAAAGGAGACUUUGUUACUUAACACUAAUUAAAAUGCAUGGGUCUCCCUGUUCCCACAUACAGCAGUCACGUGCGCGCGAAGGUAAUUAAGGCGAGCAAGUCAUUAUUCGUAUUAGGAUCUUUACGUAAGGAAGGAAUGUCCCAGGAGGAAGUAGAUCACCUUUUUAAUGCAAUAGUUUUACCAAAUUUUUCUUACGCUCUGCUGGUUUAUGGUGCCUCAGAUUCCGACCUUUCUGUAAUACAGAAUUUUUUAGACCGGUGUAUGAAAAGAAAGUUUAUGUCCAAGAAUGUAAAUAUCAGGGACUUGCUAGAGAAGGUGGACAAGACACUCUACAAAAAAAAGAUCGAAUGACCCCGAAUGUCCGUUCUUCCAGUUUUUACCUAGGGAAACGAACACAAGGUACAAUCUUAGAAAUACGUCAGUCUCUGUCCCUAGAAUCUACACUGACAGGUUUAAGAAUGUUUUUAGUAACAGAAUAGUUUUUAGAUAUGAUAUGUCAAUAGUUUUUUGAGUUUAUAUUGUAACUUAGGAUAUGUAAUUUUAUCUUAAGAAGUAAAGGUUAUUAUUAUUAUUAUUAUUAUUAUUAUUAUUAUUAUUAUUUCACAUAUGAUCUGAUGUAAGUUUCCUAGAACCACAAUUUCCUAGGAAUUACCACCCCUGCAUCUGGGAUGGUCUGCAAGCAUUGUUAUUUUUUCAUCACAGUGCAAACGUAUGAGGAUCACAAAGUUUUACUUUAUGCUGCCAAUAAUAUAAAAAGUGCAAAAAGACAACACGUCACCCUGUAGCAUCUUUUUGACAGGUCUAUAGGGAUUUGUAUCUUCAUGUGUUGUGAAUUCAUAAAGUUUCUAAUUCUGUAGUUAGGACACAGAUAUCUAAAUAACAACUGGUAAACGGCUCAGUGUGUACUAUUGAAUUGUAGUUGCACAAGGGAGGUUGCUAAGCAUGAAAGAAGUGUAAGAGUUGGCUAUGCAGACAUAAUUAUUUUUUUAUCUAGUAUUAGUGCACAGUGACACAAAAAACUGACAUGCAUUGGCGAGUACUUAUAACAAGGAUAAAUACCUGUCGUUUAUGACAGCGUUGUGUUUACAAGGGGGUAGCAUCCAUCUUACCAAUGUGGCCCGUGUUCAAGUGGGUUUUGACACCAUAUUAGGGAGCUUAAACAACAAUGACGGCGAAUGCUAUGAAAACGUCAGUUAAAAAGUGUAUUCGUGCUGCUUCAAACUUAAUUGUGCGUACUCAAUCUCAUUCAAUUUGUCAAACGGGGAAUUUUUCUGGAGUUGAAUUCUUAAGGACUGUAUCAAAGUUUAGAAAAAAAGAAGGUGAUUGUUUUGUGUUCAUGUCCUCCACAAAAAUAAUUUAAUGUGAAAUUAGGCCGUUUCACGUAAUAGACAUAGUCAUGCAACGACAGCAAAGAAAUGUAGAAAAAAGCGUGAUGCACGUGCAAAGUUGUUGUUUUGCCAAUUUAAAGGGUCACAGUCAGCUACGGGACCACGCUGACCUGGACACUACUUUUGCCAGUUUGAAAAUCGUUUACCUCAGCCUGAAAUCAAAUCUACGUGUCAGAUACAUCUAGAAAUCCGCUUCAAUCCUGCCUAGUGUUUCAUUCGAUCCUUGAUCUUUUACUGAAAACCUCUGAGCAAUCUUUUACUCAUCCUAUUACAUUAUUUUAUCAUAUUUGGUUAAAAACAGUGUUCACAGGAAUAUAAACAGAAGAGGUGAGAAACACGUAGGUGCCGGGCGGGAGAAAUCACCUUCAUUUACCAAAGUAACAAGAGGAAUGAAUCAGUAACAUUGGCGAGGAAAUAAUCAUUAUAUAUAUUUGGAAAAUAGGUUGAAAAGGUUAAAUAUAUUUGGAAAAUCAAGCUUUCUUGACCUUGAACUUUUGACAAUGAUUCAAACUUCGUGCAAUUUUUCACCUCUACUGAUGUCUGAAUUCAGAAGUGUCCGUCGAUGUUUGACCUUCCCUUAAAAAAAAUCCAUCGGUGAAUUCUCAAUGGUUUAUAAAAAAACAUGAGUGCUCUGAUAUGGCUUGGGGUCUAUAAUCAUGAUUUUGGCUUGUAACUAGUUCAACUCUACAAGGUUUGUUUAGAGUAUACCGGAUACACUUCGCACUUUCUGUUUCACGCGUGUCUUAUGGGAUACAAAUCAGCUAAGAAAUGGUAUGUAAUGCGCAUGUGCAUCAGCUGACUGUGUCCCUUUAAACCUAUUACUUUUUUGCUGUUCUCAUUGCUGUCACCGCUGGGGUCGUUACGUUGUUGCUUAAGCUCCCUAAUAUAUAUAGGUUGAGUGUCACCCUCCCUAACCUGCUCAACAGGCAUUAUUGGGAAGCUCAGGUGGGUAUUUGGGUGCAAGUGCAAAGCGCAAGAUGCAAGACAGGAAGAAAAAGAGAAAAAGAAUUGCUGUAGACAGGUUAUUGUUCUAAUUCUUCAGCUUUAUACACACUUUCUGCAAUGGAUGACCAAUUAAGAUGGGGUUUAAAUUUGUGGCAAACAUUCUUGCCACUGUGCAUUGCCAAAUGUGUGUACAUAACAUAGAGUUCCCAUCAGUUGAAGUGAGGCAUGCGCAUCUAAAAAAAACUUGCAAUAUCUCAUUUGUUUCAACUGGACUCUAUAAGGUGUUUGUGGCUUGAACAAAUCAGCAAUAGAAACUUAUGUUCACCUGCUGAUUUUUUGGAAUAAAAAGAACAUGACCUGGCAUUUCUGGCAUUUUUUUUCACUCUUUUCCUUCCUCCUGCAUGUCUCGCACUUCAGGCUCAUAACCUCAAAACCCAGCUGAGCAUCCCUAAUAAAAUGUACUUGAUGUGCAGGUGCACCCUCUCUAAAAUAAGAUAAGUUUAGUUUUUUUUCUCCAGGUGAGUUCAGACUAACCUGAGGCCCUGGCAGGGUAAAUUCCAACAGGCGACAUGUCCCAAAAAGUAGCGACAGCGCAUAAAAUGAAAUCGCGACAAGAGACAACAUCCCUCGGCCACUUAUGACAGUGACGGCAAAGCUGACAAUAAGCGACAAGCAUUUAUAAACACCGACACGAGACGUUUUAAAUUUCAGACAGGCAACAUGGGACCCUCCCCUUGGCAGGGCCUCUAACCUUCUAACAGUGGGAUUGUAUAAGUAAACAUUAAAGAAGAAAAAUGUAGUUAGCAAUAAUAUUCACAUACAUUUGAAAGAUGCAGAAGUUCCUCUGUCAAUGAAAAAUGUUUUAAUGUCUGUGAACCAUGUCAUAUUGAUAUCCAUGCUUUGUAUGUUAAUAAUUUUUAUCCUAGUUUUGUACAAAGUUAAGAUGUUGUUUCCUUUAAUGACACACAGGGUUUAUUCCAGGAACUGACCAUGGGUCCCCUUCUGAAAUGUAGUGAGUCAUUAACAUUUCAUGAACACUUUUGUGCCACUUAGUUGGAAUUAAUAUAUAGUUUUUCUUUUGCCCUUUAUUUUCAUUGAUUGUAUGAUUGUUAUGCUGAUUUUCGUAGUUACUUCCUUUGACUUUGUAUGUAUUAUUAGGAUUAUUUGCAGCUGACUGUUAACUGGAAUAGCAAUUUUAGCUUUAUAUGUUUAGCUCAUUGAAAUUAAAUGUACCUGUAGUUUAUCUUCUUUUUGAUCCUUUAUAGUUAACUGCUACAGUAAACUGCUGCAUUAUCAAUACUAUUUUACUUUUAAAAUAAUUAUUGUCAUUUGAGUAACUGAACUUUUGAUGACAGUUCUUACACACUUUUCUCUCAUAAGUCUAUUUAACCAACUAUACUGCAAUUUAAAAUCUCUUUUUUUAAAGAUAUUAUCUCCACACCACUAAACAAUGAGAUGCCUCAGACAUUUUUCAGUGCCAUGUACUCUAGAGUAAACAUUACUCAUAUUUCUUUACGUCUUUUUGCAGGCCAUCAGUUUUCAGACAAAUAGCAGAUUUUGCGAAUGUUUUCAAGGCUUUUCUUGGAACUAACUGGAUUGGUUUACCAUUUGCUUUUAAAGAAAGUGGAGUAGUGGUAAGUGAGAUGUAGUGGAUAAAGGUGUAGAUUCAGUUUAACCUUGUAUCAAUUAGACUGACUGUUCAUUUCAGUCACAAAUGUAUGAAAUGCAGUAGUUAAUAUAAUUAUUUUACCUAUAUGUAUGGGUAUCGGCUACUAAUUCUCUAGGGGAAUCAACUUUCUGUUUGCAACAAAUCUCUUCAAGUGAUAUUGCUGUGGGAAAUUCCUUUAAAUAAUGAUACCUAAAAAAGUUGAACAUGAGAUCUCAAUUGCAUGUCACAACUCCAGAUUAGUUCUGUGGGCUAAAAUGAACUGUAAGUGGCUCAACUGAUCACAAGACAGUGAAAUGACUGUCAUGCACCAGAGGUGACACAUGCUGUAUAAUUUAUAAUAUUAUUGUUAUUAUUAUUGUGAUAUCAAAUUAAUGUGUUUUAUUUCUUAUACAUUUUGGUUUCAGCUGGGAUUGAUUGGAGUUCUUGUAAUUGCAUUCAUCACAGAUCACUGCUGUCAGUUAAUCAUCAAGUGUAAAAAAGCUGCUGUCCAGCAGGUCUUGGACACAGUUCCUCAGUCCAAGGAUGUGGAAUCACAGGAUUCAAACAUUGCUUCUUUGAGAAACACUGUGGAAAAGCGAAUGCUUUUUGGAGAAAUAGGAAGGAUUGCACUUGGCAAAUGGGGUGUUUUGCUUGUCAAUGGAGCUCUUAUAGCCACCCAGUAUGGCUUCUGUGUUGGAUAUUUCAUAUUUUUGGGUCAAACCAUCUCAUCAAUGUUUCCUACACCAUCCAAAACUCAUGCUGUAACAACAGCAACACCGCUACCAAUUCACAAUGUUUCAAAUAUCAAUGUUACUAAUAUUACAUCACCCACAAACAGUCACGUUCAAAAGACCUUUUUUGCUGAUCACGACCACACCCCACCAUUUGCUGUUCUCAUUCUGCUACCAUUGGUUCCACUGAUAUUGUUUUCAUACAUACGAGGGGUGCGAAGGCUUGGUCCAGUCAGUUUUGCAGCCAAUAUUGCGCUCUUAAUGGCAUUUCUGUCUGUUGUUGGAUACAUGUUAAGUGGUACGUACACUGUAAGUUAAUAACUCGCAUAAAACAUAAGAGCAUUAUUGAUUAAAAUGGAUGCAAUAUCCAUAGGGAGUGUCUUAAUAAUGGGUCUAAAUUAUGGGUUAAGAUCUUUCAAAAUGAAAGUAGAGCUAUAUAUCUUUUCCCAAGAAGUAAUAAUGUGAAAUAUGGUUAUUUUAGACAGUAAAUUACACCCUCAUUAAUAACUUUCUCUUCUAAAAAUCAGAAAAUUAUCAUGAUUAUUGUUUGUCUGGGAUACAAGUAGGUCUGUUCUGAUAACCAAAACUUUUUUUCCCUAUUAACUCAAUGUAUGACUUAAUUUACAUGGUGUAGAAAUUCAAAAGCAAGAGACAAUAUCUCCAGCAAUCUCACUUAUGAUGGUGUGUCUGUAUACCUGCCAACUCUCACGCCUGCGGGUUGAAAACUUCGAUCUCACGCCGGCUCAUGCUUGCGGGCGUUAAAGAGUGCGGACUAACUUUUUACACUCAACAACGGCAGAACGAACUGUGUUAAAGGUUUUUAUACAAUUGAGUCUGGGUACAUUCCUUGCUUUUGGUACACAUUUUACUUAUUUACACAAUACCUUUCUCGCGAUCUCUGAUUUUGUGGAAAAGCGUUUUCUCGAUAACUUCACCUUCGGCAGACUUCGGACGUCUUCGGAAGACUUUGGACUUCUUUGGACGACUUCAAACUUCUUCGGGAAUCUUCGGAAAUGAUCGUGUCGUCUUCAAAAAUCCCAGCACUCCCAGGAUAAAAAUCUCACGCUUAUAUCUCAGAAAAAGUUGGCAGGUAUAUGUCUGUUGUAGUUGAAUUUUAUCCUAAUGCUUAGUUUAAAUUUUAUUUUUGCUUGUUUUUGGGUUUGUAAAAUAGUGUAUGCAUGUCGUCUAUUUGAAAGAAAAGAAAGUAUAAUUAUUUAAACCUAGAGUGAAACUGAGUCACAACAUAUCCUACAUGAUAACAGUGAUCAUCGACAAGUCCUUUUUCCUUUAGUUUUGCCACAACCUAUUUCUGCUUUGCUCUUUACAUUGUAUUUUAUUCCUCAUGUUUCUUUAAAUUUUUUUCCACAGGUUUGAAAUUUAAAUUUAGUGAGUUGCGACUGGUGCACUGGGCUACCUUUCCGGUGUUUUUUGGCCAAGUAACUAGUGCUUAUGAAGGAAUAGGAACUGUAAGUGCAAUACCAGUCUCUUGAAAUUUGUAAUAAAUUAUUUAUGGUUCAUCAGGUAUUGACACUGAAAUGCCUGUUCAAUUGAAAUGACCUGGAACAAAAUGACAUUAUAAAUUUAUUAACCCCUUUCGGAGUGGCUUUAUCUAUUUAAGCGUAAAAAUCAUUAUUAUUUCUAAUAGUUCAUUUUUCUUAUUGCACAGAUAAUUUCCAUAGAAACAAGCAUGGCAGAAAACAGGCACAGAUUUCCCUUGUAUCUUCAUUUUGCAAUUGGAGGCUUGUCUAUGAUUUUAGCAUUAUUUGGUUUGCUUGGAUACGCUGUUUAUGGUGAAGCAGUGGAACAGAUUGUGACAGAAAGCUUUCCACAAGGAGUAUUAAUACUCAUAGUGCGAUGUUUGUUGUGUUUUGCAAUUCUUUUGACAUACCCGCUCCAGAUCUUUCCAGUAAUUGAGAUUGUUGAAGGCUGGUUGUUUAAACCUGAACAGAAUGUAAGCACAGAGGACAGUGUGAAUGCAGAUUCAAACUCAACUGUUAAUAAUGUUGCAAUGUCACAGGGAGGGAUGAUAGGUUCAGCAAGUGAGUGUUCCAUGUUGCUGGCACCAGAAAUACCCAAACAGAAGAGUAGGGUAAGCUAAAUUAUAAUACUGUUUAAAUUAUUGUGACUUGUGGCUUGAGGUAGGCUCGAUUUCCGCCGUCUCCCGGGUCCGGUCUUUGAUCCUCCCCAAAGAGAGACGGCUGGACACGUGACCCGUUGAUCUUGUCUGUGACGUGAUUGGAAAAUUGAUAAUUUAGGCGUCUCCAAUUUUCUUAUUUAUUUGGCUCAAAAUUGCAUCAAGCGCUCCCUUGCCUGCCCAAAUAACUUUCAAAAUAGUUUUUCGGCUCAUUUCCAUACAUUUGUGAAAAAUAUUCUCAGUACAUUUCUAUACACUCCGACAUGCAGUUAAUUUUCUUUGAUCUUUGAAUGUUGGAUUUCGUCUUCUGUGGGUCCAAACUGACUGAUUCUCGGAAGCGGAUUAAAUUAAAUGGAAAAGUUUCUGAUUUACCAGACAGAAUUUCCAGCGUAUUGAAUGUUCCUCUGUCAAAUAUAAACGUGGACGGUUACAUCUGUAACGAACACAGUUAUCAAGACCUAAAGCGCCUUGAAAAGACACUUGAAGAUGCAAAAUCUCUCCAACAACAAUCAUUAAAAGAAAAGUUCACAACAAACAAUCGAACAAAACGUUGUGUUCCUUCGGAUUUUAGAAUUUUGCAAAAAAUGUCUCCGCACCGUCGACAUCGCUUCGCCCUCCGAUGGAACAAGAAAGGACUUUCGGUUUUGAUGUGAUAAUUUCUGCGACAAUCUUUGCCAGACGAAAAUCUCCAGGUGGUAACAUGAUUGGCUUAAACCAACAAAGGAAAUUGCACGCGUCCAGCCGCUCUUUCGGGGGGAGGGGGAUGAGUGCGGGCUCAUUUUCCCGAACCGCGCCUGGUAAUCGAGUCUAGGCUAGAGGAAGAUAAAUUAUUUUGUAACUUGUCAUGACUGUGGGAUAAAACCCAAGUACUUAGUUCCAGGUAGUGAUCAAAACCACUGCCUCUUAGGAUCCUGGUAGAGAAUAAUUCUUCAAUAGCAGUCUCCUUCCUCAUUUUUAGUUUCAUCAGAUUAAAAACUUUCAGUUAAAUCUGGUUUUGAAAUAUGGUAUGUUCCAAAGCUCUUCCACAAUGUGACAUUAAAAUAGCUGCAGAGAAAGCUGUCACAAGGGAAUAAAAUGGUGGGGUUAGUUAGUGUAUCAGAUCUCAGUUGAUGGGUAAUUUAUUUUCAUAGCAAAACUCUUAGACAUUACUCUGGUAGUCUUUAGUUGCCAUAUUGUUUUCCCUUGGUGAAGAGAUCAAGACAACAAAUACAACAACUUUAUUGUACAUCAAACAGACUACAUGGAAUAAAAGUAGACUAAAAAGGGAAAACGGAAUACUGUAAAAUUCUAAAAAUAUGCCUCUCCAUGUAGAAGCCCCUCCAAAUGCAAAAAACCCUCCGUUAAAUCACCCCUAGAAAUAUAAGCCCCCCCCCCCCCCCGGGGAAAAUCCCCCCAAAAAAAAAGUAAAAAAAAAAAAAAAAAAAAAAUUUCUCCCCAACUAAAGGAUGCCACAAUUAAUUUUUAAAACCAAAAAUUCCCCCCUAACAAAAACCCCCCCCAUAUUAGGCCCGCGGCAUUUAUUAAAACCCCCCCCCCCCCCAGGGGAAAUUGCCCUCAAAUACAAGGUAAAACAAAGUAAAACAGUAAAUUUCCUUCCAACUAUAAGGCUAGCCCAAUUGAUUUUGAAACGCAUAAUUUCCCUCCAUAGAUAAGCCCCUCUGAGUAUAGGCCCUGCGGCUUAUUUUCAGAAUUUUACAGUACUUAAGCAACUUCAGUCAGCUUAAACCAAUCAAGGGGAGGGGAGAAGUGGAGAAGAUAAUAACACAAGAAAACAAACAAAUAAUUAACUUAUUAGUUACAUUUAUGUUAAAGAAAUACUUCUUCUGAAUAUCUCAGUCGUGUAUAUAUAUAAGAAACUACUCAGACCUGAAUCUUGAAGGGACUGUUUAAUCUUACUGUAUCUUAAUCAGAUUCUUGACUUCAUUAUUUUAAGGAAUGGUUUUGAUUUUGAUUUACAUACAUGUUAAUCUUGGAGUGAAAAAUGUACUGUAUUGACAUGAGCUUCCUUCAUGCAGUGCUGUUUGGUAAAUUCAAAUAAAAUUGAUUGUUAUUUUGUUAUUAUCAUCUUUUAAACCUAUUUAAAAAGUUAUCUUUUGACUCUUUGCAGCUUCGGCAAUGGAAAAAGAACCUACUUCGCACUUUUCUUGUGUUGUCUACUGCUGGCAUUGCUAUUGCUCUGAAAGAUGACUUUGCAUAUGUCAGUGCUAUUGUUGGUUCCAUGGGAAGUUCAACUCUUGGUUUCAUUCUACCUUGUGCAUUUCACAUGAUAAUCUGCAGAGACGUAAUCACAACACGGACUAAAGUUAAGGACUGCUUAUUUAUUGCAUUUGGUGUCAUUGGUGGACUUGUUGGUAUUGCAGUUACAAUACAGCAGAUCGUCGAGCAGUUUUCAAAGACAUAAAAAUAAUAAUAUUAUAAAAUAGUGUAUUUAUUGUGUUUUGGAUGUUCUUGUUCUUCACAAUACAUGGAAACAAAGAAACCAAGAAGAUCAGUGAGAUCGUAGAAACACAAGCAGGUGGCUAUCUGUGCAUAAACGAGAAGGAAGAUUUGAUUUCUGCAGUUGCUGCUUUGAUAUUCCAUUACACAGACUUCAUGCCCUUGGGUGCAGAGUUGGAAUUAAAAUAUGUACUUUUACUGAGUUUUUAAAAUCAAUUUGCAGGAAUCUUAUCUGUGAAAUUAUUGGGGGAGAAAUGAAAAAAUUAGAUGGAAUGUAUUAAUUCUGGAAAAAAAAAACAGGAAUAGCUCUCAUGGAAUAGGUCUUUACAUUUUAUGAGGAUGAUUUUUAUUAAUAAAUUGAUCCUUGGUUUUCAUUUGAAUACAAAGUGCCUUAAAUUUUCCAUGAGUAUAUUCUUAUAGUCAUUCACGAAUAGUUAAAAAAUCUACAGUGCAUUGUGAUUUUGUCUAUCAACUGAUUAUCAUCUUUUAAUAAUAACUGACAACAGGUUUCAAACCCUUGAGUUAAAAAUAAAGAUCUACACAUUUACUGUUAAGUUAUGAAAGUAUUACUCCCUGCUUGCAAAGAAAGUAGAGUCCAGUAACCCCUGGCUAGUGGAUUGUUAUCAGGCUAGUGAAGUUUUUUUUGAGGAAUUCAAAUAAAAUUUACAGAAAAACUGUGAAAUCAAUUGGGGCUAGUUGAAAUGGCGUUUGCGACAUGUCAAAGGGACAAAUCACUACCUGUGUAAUGGUGAAUUUCUGUGAAAAACCUUGACAACAGAAUUUUCUCACUGCAACAAGUCGCAAAAAAUUAUAUCAGAUUGAAUUUGUUUGACCUGUUGCGGCCAAAAAAAUUUUCUGCUGUUCUGUUUUUCGCAAAAAUUAUCGAGUACACAGGAAAUGAUUUGUCACCACAGCAUGUUGCUUCAACUUGUUGCCCAUCACCAUGACAUGUUAAAAAUAUUGAAGCAAUGUUUAUUUGCUGUAAUAAGGGCUAGUUAAAACUACAACAAAUGUUGCCUAGUGCAUUCAGACCUUAGGGUAUUAGAACUGCGUAUAUAGACUAAAAUGAUAAGGCUUAUAAAAUAAGUUUUAAAAUGACCCACAUUACCGAAACAAAAUAAGAAAAUAUAAAUCUUUAAUUCUGUCAAAAAAGCUAUAAAAAAGAUAAAAAAUUAUCAUUUAUUACAAAGAUGAAAUACUUGGUAAUACUAUGCAAUGAGAAAACUGCUAAUCGGUAAUCGGGUAAAAAACUGUGUGAUUUUAAAUUGGAUUAAGUUGAACUUGUGAUGAUUGACAACUGCUCAAAACCACAGGCUUCCCUUGCUUCCACACUAACAGUACUCUUCCUACAAAUCACAGGGGAAAGUGAAUUCCAGACUUCUUUCAAACAGUUAAGUUGCAGUUUAU